AUGGGGAACCACGGCUCUAACCUGGAUGAUAUCCUGGCAGAGGAUAUGCACCACUGGUACAACAAGUUUAAAGAGUCUCCGUCAGGACUCAUCACGCUGUUCGAACUCAAGGGCAUGCUGGGUCUGCGGGGGAUGAACGAGAACGCUACCAGCUACGUGGACCAAGUCUUCUUCACCUUCGACAUGGACGGGGACGGGUACAUAGAUUUUGUAGAGUACAUCGCAGCCAUCAGUCUGAUGCUGAAGGGAGAAAUCAACCAGAAACUCAAGUGGUACUUCAAAUUGUUUGACCAGGACGGCAACGGGAAAAUCGACAAGGAUGAGUUGGAGACAAUAUUCACGGCAAUCCAGGACAUCACACGGAACCAGGAUGUCACCCCAGAGGAGAUUGUGUCGCUCAUAUUCGAGAAGAUCGACAUCAACGGAGAGGGUGAGCUGACCCUAGAGGAGUUCAUUGAGGGGGCGAAGGGUCACAACGACAUCAUGGAGAUGCUGAAGAAGAUGAUGGACCUCACGCCCGUACUCAUCAUCAUCGUCCAAGGAAUAGUAGUCUGA